GGCCUGGUCUGCAUCAGUCUUUACUGUGUGGACUCCGUGGGCUUCGCGGGGCCCAACUUGGAUGUGCUGUGGAGAGUUUUCGAGUACUGUUGCCAGCUCAACGCCCAGGGCGAGGACUUCGUCAUCAUGGGCGACUGGAAUAUGGCCUCCGAUGUGGAGGGGCUCCGCGAGGCGCUGUUGUCGGUUCGUGCCAUUCCCUUCGCCCCCGGGGACGUGACUUGCGUUCAGGGGGAGGGCUCCAUCAUCGACUUCAUGGCAGCGUCGUCGAACCUGGUCUCCAGGCUUGACAGCCAGGUGACAGCACAGCUCGACUCUGACUUGUACCCGCACCGCCCUGUGCACCUGCGGAUGCGGGGCUGCGAUCGCCCAGCCUGGUGCAGGGUGGCCGACGAGCCCAGGCCGCUCUCGGCGCUGCCCCCUCCUGGGUGUGCCAGGCCGCCUUACGACUGGGGGCCGCUGGCGGCGGAUGCCCAGGUGGUCACGGAGUCCGACGGGCUGGUCCAGCUCUGGGACGCCGUGCUGCACGGGAUCGACGCCGAGCUCUGCGCGCGCUGGGACAAGGUCGGGGCACAGGCCAAGGCGCACUCGGGCCGAGCGGGGCCCCUCCAGGUGCGCUGGCAGCUUCUGAGAUGGCGGCCACGGCGGCGACGGCACUAUCGCGACGGUUCCGUUCGACCAUGGGUCGUGGCCAAGAGGUGGAUGACUCACCUUACGGCUGUUCGUCAGCGGCUGCAGGAGCAGCUCGGCGGCCUGAACUUGGCGGCGGCCAUGUGUGACCUGAUGCCCUGCCAGUGCUUUGGCGUCCUGCGGGAAUUGGAGGAGGCCCACCGCUACUUGGUGAAGGUCUCGAGGCAGCGGGCGGUCCUGGCCGCCGUCGACCCGACGGUGGCCAAGUACUUGCAGAGGGGCCUCAUGCUGCUGGUCUCGCCGCACUUCGACUACUGCGUCGACCUGGUGGUGCGCGUGGCGGACCAGAAACUAAGCGACGCCCAGGCCGCUUCGGAGGCGGCGUGGCGCGGCCGGCUGCAAGAGGCCUUCCUUCGGGGGGCGCGGGGGGCCCACCGUGCCUCCAAGAUCGUCCCCAUGCAGCCCCUGCUGCAGCUGGAGGGCGAGGUGCAGCCUUAUGUGGUGGCCGACGCGGCGCUCCAGGAGUGGGAGGACGUCUGGUCCCACCACGGCGCGGCGUGGCUGCCCAAGCCUGCUGACUUCGACCAGUGGGAGCUGCUGCCGCCGAUCACCGUCCAGGACAUGCGGGCGGCGAUUUGGAGCUACCCGGCCACCACCGCCCGGGGGCCUACUCGCCUGGCGCCCAAGUCUCUCUACUUUGUGUCGGACGAGGGGCUGCGGGCGAUCGCGAGGCUCCUGGAAGCCUGGGAGCGGUUGGGCAUGUGGCCCGACGGGCGCGUGGAGUCGGAGCUCGUGCAGAUGAGCAAGGCGGACGGGGGCAAGCGCCUCAUUGCCUUACUCCACACCCUGACGCGCUUGUGGGGGAAGCUGCGCCGUCCCCUGGGGAAGCG